CAAAGAUAUUCCGAGCUUCUGCCGUGGCAUUACGCCCACUAUUCCACUCGGAUAAAUAAGGACACGAUUAUGACGCUGAUUCAUACUAAAGUUAACUUGAUACUUGAUACUUGGAUGGCCCAUCUUCACUCGUUGUGCAGGCCCCAGCAUAAUUUCCAUUCUUCGGGAAAAUUUUCGAAAAUCAUGUACGUUGCCAAAGUUGAGGUAUCACACGCAACAAAUCUGGAGUACAUUUGCUAUGAUGGAAAGUGUGUUUUUGGCCCGAGAAAGUCGAAUAUGCAAAUUAUUAAACUUUUAUUGGUACUUACUAGUACACGGUGGCAGCACUUGAAAUUUUUGUCGUUAGAUUUUCGAAACUUUGUCAUGUGUCUCUCUAAGAAGAAAGUCUUCACUUCCAGGGAACCAACCGACUCAGCGAAGAAGAAAGUAAUCGAUUAA